CACAGAUUUGUGCGAAGGAGUUUUUCAAAGCAGCAGCGAGUCGAAGAGUGACUUCUACAGCAUCAGAGUUGACCGCGACACGGAACGCACGUCGACAUUUGCUGGGGGACUCGGAUGCCAUGCUUGAGGAACAACUUUUGGACCUGGUCGAUUUGAAUCCUGCAUUGCGUCGCGGGAUUCGUGGAAGAAAUGGAUUGCAGCCGGAGACUCUGGACAGAUACGAAUUCAUCGCGACUGCUGCCACCGCAGUUCUGCAGAAUAUCUGCACUGUACUAGUUGGUGUUUUUGACGCUGCUGCAGAUGUCGGCAAGAUUUCGUCCUUGCUUGCCUUUCAGCACCAGUGCUGCGAGAAAAUUGACAAGUUGUUGCGAGGAGGAAUCGAACAUGCUGACACGGAGGCCGAGGUAGUGCUCACCGACCUGCUCCUUGCGGAAAACGUUUGCAUCACGGAUUUCCUUCGUUCCCAAUUGCACGACGCUUCCACGGUGAGGCUCACAACAUUAAACAUGCGACAUCUCACCCAGGUGGAAGCUGGUAUCAAAAAUUUUGUCGAGAAAGAGCAGGGCCAUAAGGAUGCAGCGACGGUCUUCAUCAAGCGUCGGCAUGAAUCCCGGAAAAGCUCGCUCAGCACAUUAUUAAGCGGCAUCAAAAACUUCCUCUUUUCAAAGAAAAGCGAGCGCGAC